AUGCGUUACUCUCUCGCUCUGGGUGCCCUUUGCGCCGCUGGUGCCUUGGCCAACAAUGUUGACAAGCGUUCUUAUGUGACCGACUGGACCAUUGUCACCUUGACCACCACCAUCACCGAGUACCCUACUCCCACGGUCUAUGAGAACGUUGCCGCUCAAGAGGCCACUGCGGCUGCUUCCUCCUCCAGCGCUGCUGCCGCUGCCGCUGCCGCCGAAUCGUCCAGCUCUGCCGCUGCUGCUGCUGCUGCUGCUGCUGCCUCCGCCUCUGCUGAGGCCUCUUCCUCCGCCGCUGCCGCUGCCGCCGCCGCUGCUGAGGCCAGCACUUCGUCUGUUGUCACUCCUGUUGUGGAGACCACCGCCGCUGCGACCACUGCUGCUGCUGUCGCCACUUCCGCUGCUGAGGAGGUUGCUACUUCCUGGACCUCCGCCUGGACUUCGGCUUGGACUUCGUCCUGGUCUUCGACUGUCGCGCCGUCCACCACCCUUGCGACUUCGACCUCGUCCAGCGCUAGCUCAACCGCCACCAGCGCUUACCAGUCCGCGGUCUUGUACAACCACAACGUCCACCGCAGCAACCACUCCGCUAGCUCCGUCGAGUGGUCUUCUGACUUGGAGUCGAGCGCCUACACCCUGGCCGCCAAGUGUGUCUAUGAGCACGACACUUCCAUCGAUGGCGGUGGCUACGGUCAGAACAUUGGAUAUGGUGUUGAGGCUUCCGAGAUUGGCGUCAUGAUCACCAACCUCAUGUACAACGACGAGAUGGGCUACUACACCGACCUGUACGGCGAGGCCGACCCUGACAUGACCUACUUCGACAACUGGGGCCACUUCUCCCAGAUUGUCUGGGCUGCCACCACCCACGUUGGUUGCGCUACCGUCACCUGCGACAGCCUGGGUAACGUUGAUGCCUCCGAGGCCCUGCCCUUCACGGUCUGCAACUACAGCCCUGCCGGAAACUAUGAGGGAGAAUAUGCCACCAACGUCAAGCGCCCUCUCGGCCAAGCUGUUUACGUUGCCUCUUAG